GCUGCCUUAUCCAAAGUGCUAAUUUAGUUCGCACAUGUCAUAAUAUUUACAAAAAUCGUGCCGUGCUUGUCAAAUAAAACGUACCUCUCUACUUCUAACGCAAGAAAUAUGACGUCCAAUGUCGGGGUGCAACAGCAGAAAGUUGACGUGUCAAUCAUCCUUCCUGUAUACAAUGCUGAGCCCUGGUUAACUGAAUGUCUACAAUCCGUGUUAGAUCAAGAUACAGCAGCUAGUUUGGAACUUUCAGUCUUCAUGGACGCUUGCACAGAUAAUUCUUGUGAGAUUCUGAGAAGCUGGCAACCAAGGUUAGAAGCUGCUGGUAUCCAAGUUGUUAUUAAUGGACACUCCAAUGAGAAUCCUAAGGGAGUUGGAUAUGCCAAGAACCAAGCCAUCUCACAAAGCCAUGGACAAUAUCUCUGCUUUCUUGAUGCAGAUGAUGUUAUGAGUAAACAACGUAUUGAGAUGCAGUUAGCUGCUACAGUUAAUCGCUCAUUCACAAUAACUGGUUGCCAGUUUAACAGACUACCAGCAGGUUCUACUGAGAGAUACACUCGAUGGGCAAAUACCAUCCAAUCGAAUCAACUAACAACACAGAUCUACACAGCUCAUGGUCCUACCAUCAUUAUGCCAACAUGGUUCUGCUCUCGUGAAACCUUUGAUAGGGUUGGUUCGUUUGAUGAAAGUGGGAAGGGGACCCCAGAAGACUUGUUGUUUUUCUUGGAGCAUCUGAGACUCGGUGGUAGUGUGUACAGAGUCGACCAGUGUCUUCUAAUGUACAGAUACCAUCCCGCUGCUGCCACUAACUCUGUGUCUAAAGAGUCUAUAUGGGAUAUCAGAAUGAAGGCUGUGGAGGAGCGAGUAUUGUGUCAUUGGGAAUCGUUCACGAUAUGGAACGCUGGCAAACAAGGACGACGAUUUUAUAGAUCACUCAGUCACUCCAGUCAGAAAAAGGUUGUUCAAUUUUGUGACGUUGACCCCGUAAAGAUUGAGAAAGGAGUGUAUGUCUAUGAGGAUUGCAAGGAAGUUCCCAAGCCUAGAGUUCCAAUCAUUCAUUUCAGUCAAGCCAAGCCUCCUUUCAUCAUCUGUGUCAAAAUGGACCUUACCAACGGCAACUUUGAAAGUAAUCUUGAGUCUCUUAACCUGAAAGAAGGAGAAGAUUACACCUUAUUCAGCUGAUAGUCAGAAGGACUAACUCAAGUCUACUCUAGGAAAUGAGGAAAUAUCCGAGGGCACUUCUGUCAAAGUCUCCCGGCUCUUUCAUAGCUCGCUGGACCUCUGGGUAGACAAAGUGACCACCCA